CACAUCUGCCAGGUUGUUUACAGGGAAAAGGUGAGCUGGGAUCAAUGUUUAUCCAUCACACUUUCCAAAAUCAGGCCUUGUCUUCUGAAGUUAGUGAUGAUUCUCUAGUUUAAUGAUGCUGAGUUUGUCAUUCCUUUAAGGUAGAAGGAAUAAUCAUAUCAUACACAUCUAGAAGAAUGUUUCUCUUUCCGUGACCAGAGUCAAGAGAUGAUCCAUAGCGCUGCUGAAGUAAAUGGUCUCAGAAUCUAAGUAGUUCUGCCAUCAUACCUUCCGUGUGUGUUCAGGGUUAAGAGCACCCCACACUCCUGCAGAAGACUCGGGUUCAGUAAAAUCUAGGGCCAGCGUGGCCAGCACCCUUUUCUGGCCUCCAAAGGCACUGCACACAGAUUGUGCACAGGUCUGCAUGCACUAGAAUAUUCAUAUACAUAAAAUAAGUCUCUAAAGGAGACAUAUUAAGAUAUGGGUUUGCUUGGUUAGUCAUAACUUUGAGUUUUGCCAUUUUUUAGGGUAUGUGAGGUUAUUGGUGUCUACGAUGAAGGGAACUUGAGUGUCUUCAACGCAUGGACUUACUUAUUUAUAUUAAAUAACUUGUCAGAAUUCUUUGCCUUGUACUGCCUCUGGCUGUUUUAUGAAAUGCUGAAAGAAGAGCUCAGAGGUCUAAAACCUGUUGGCAAGUUUAUUUGCAUCAAACUGGUAGUCUGGCUCUCAUUCUUGCAAGCAGCAAUUAUAACUGUGUUGCUAAAAGUUGGAAUAAUUUCAGAGACACUUACGAAGGAAUGGCAAAGUCCUGAAGCUACGGCCAUAGGCCUGCAAGAUUUCAUCACCAGUGUUGAGAUGCUUUUUGCGGCAUUUGGAAACCAUUAUUUUUUUUCAUAUAAGCCUUAUAUAAAAGAAGGAGAGGAAGGCUCAUGCUUUGACUCCUUCCUAGCAAUGUUUGAUGUGUCUGAUGUCAAGCAUAAUAUUACCGAGGAAAUGAGAUAUUUCGGGAGAACUAUGCGAGGUUGUCCCAAAAAAGAUGUUGUCCUGAAAACCCAGAGCAUACUGAUCACACAAGUUGGCUUACCUCAUCACCACACAAUGAAGGUUCUCCAGGCUCAAAGACAUCCUUUCCCCAGGGCGAGUAUAGGGGCUUUGGACACGAAUACUCCCCAGAAUGCAGCUGUUGCAUUCCAUCUGGGUGAACAUGUCAGGAUUGACAUCCCAGAAGAGAAGGGCCCUCCUGACGGUUCAGGCAAAUAUCCAGACAUUAAAAAACAGCGUCUUCACAGGACAUGCUCUGGGUCCGCAGAUACACAUCUGCCAGGUUGUUUACAGGGAAAAGGGUAUGUGAGGUUAUUGGUGUCUACGAUGAAGGGAACUUGA